AUGACUAUUCUCGAUCAAAAUGACGAUUCCGGCAUCGCCUCAAGUACUUCUGCUUCUGCCCCUAUUUCUAAGCCCAACAUCGAUCCGAAUUGCCCUUUUUACAUGCACCCGUCAGAUAAUCCUAGUGCAAUGUUGGUGACGACUCCUUUCAACGGUAUUGGUUAUCGAUCUUGGAGAAGAAGUGUCCUACGUGCUCUUUUAGUGAAGAACAAGUUAGGCUUCAUCAAUGGUGAGUGCAAACGUCCAAAAUCAGAUUCCCCAUCUCUCCGUCAGUGGAUGCGUUGUGACGACAUGGUCACUUUGUGGAUCUUAAAUUCCCUUGCUAAGGAUAUCGCAGAGAGCAUAAAAUAUGCCAAUGAUGCGGCGGAAUUGUGGACAGAGUUAGAAGAUCGCUAUGAUCAAACCAACGGAACCAAACUAAAUCAAAUUCAGAAGGAAAUUAACGACUUGUCUCAAGGAAUCCUUGACGUCACAGGCUAUUACACAAAGAUGAAAAACUAUGGGAAGAACUAA